AUGGCUCGUAAGCGCAAGAGCGUAGCUAGUAGUGCCGAGCUGUGCUCGCGAGAUCUCAACGAGAUCCCGUACAUCGCUUGGAUGAACAAGCAGAUUGCUGCCGGCCGUAAGUCCGCCGGCCCUUUGCCCGAUGGUGCACCGGGUGCGGGGGACACUUCGUUCGAAGCCCCGCGCGAUGUCCCUACCCGUGGGCGCCGUGAUGCCGACCGGGUUGCAUCAUCCCGCGUCGUUGACGACGACCCCUUCGAUGACGACGCCGAGGACUCCGACUACAACGACUGCGACGACGAUGCAAACUCUGGCGAAGAGGAAGACAAGGGCAUGUCCCCCUCCGGAGAUGAAGACGACGCCGAGGAGGACGCCGACGACGACGAGGAGGCGCCCGAGGAGGCCCAGCCUGCUACCCCGUCUCCCCGUCGCUCCCGUGCUACUGCCGCGGCCGGAACCAAGACUGCCGCGAAGGGCGGGGAACCUCCGCGUGCUGCUGCCAAGAACCGCAACCUGCACCCUGUCAAGCGGAGCGUGUGGUCCCACCGCGAGAGCACGAUCUUUGUGGCGGCAUGUUGGUUCAUGAAGGACGAGCUCGGGAAGCUCCUCGGGAAGCAGGGAUCCCAGUACUGGGCCCGCCUCGCGCGCCAUCUCGAGCAGGAGAAUCCCGGGUGGGUGCGUGGCGUGAAUGCGCUGCAGAAGCAGUGGCGCAACCUCGUCAGCAUGUACAAGCAGAUUAGUAAGGGGGAGCGGGCGAGCGGCAAGGGGGCGGUGUGCAAGCCCCCUUGGUACCCGUACAUGGAGCUCUACCAGAACAACAAGGCGGUCGGCAACCCGCACGCCGUCGACGGUGGUGGCGCGGCACACGUCAACGUGCCGUGCGGGUUCGCGGUCCCGUCCACAUCUGCAACUUGCACCUCGACCCCGACAUUCACGGCUCCACCUCCGCAGGGUACGCCCACCUCCAAGCGCCCACGGGUGGCAGAGACGGCAACGAUGGCCGCCGCCAAGCUGGUGUGUGAGACAAUCAAGGGGUGCCACUCUGACGCGAUGAACAGGCUCGAAGGCCUCGUCUGCGCAUGGAUGGAGCAGGACGCGCGGAUUGCCCGCGAACGCGUGCAGCAGCAGGCCCCAUACCCGCCUGCCAGCGACGGCUUCCCCGGGCACGCGGACAACAUGCCCGCAACUCCGUUGUGGGCAGGCGGGCGACAGCGCCUCUAA